AUGUCGAACUCAGGCUAUUACCAACAACAAGGCUCGCAAGAGCAUCAGAACCAAGGCGUGCCGAACUCGAACCCGUGGGCAGAUCAAGUCUCGCAGCCCGGCCAACAUCAGCAACAUCAGCAGUAUCAGCAACAGCCCCCACAGCAACAGCAGCAGCAGCAGCAAUAUGGCGCACCGCAAGGCUACAGUGCGCCGCCUGGAGUCCCUCCUCGAAGGACCGGCACGUUUGAAGAGACACAGUUUGUGCCGGAUGCCGAACGUGGCGAACAGCGUGAAAUGAUGGAACAAUUCGAGAUGAGCCGCAACAAGCCAGAGAGCCAGACCGACCGAGACGUGGCGACGUUGCAAGAAGAGUUUCCUACUCUCGACGGCUCGCUGAUUGCUGCGCUGUAUGGUGAUUCGCAGUCUCUCGGUGGCACGCGGGAAAUGCUGCAGGAGCUGGCUUCCUCCCAGGGACAGCGCUGA